AUGGAUCCAGCAGACUAUACUGUCCAAAUUCGUGGUAGAGAAGUUUUGCAGAGUGAAGAAGAACUGAAUCAUAUAGGACAUGAUAUUGGAGGUGAUUCAUCGAGUAGUUCAAGAAGUCCGUUUGGUAGUAGUACUGGUGGCAAUUUGGUUCGACGAUCACAAUUUAAACGACCAUCAUCACUAGAUAUUGUUCCAACUACCGAGUUGAUUUUACGUGACUCAACGAAUAAUGAAGUAUCACCGAAUAGUGUGCAAAAACGACAAAAGAAAAAGAAACGUCGUACAGCAGUCUCUUAUACACAUACAUCAUUUUGUGAUAAGUACAAGUUGACUGAUGAUUUACUUGGCACAGGUGCACAUGGAGUCGUAAAAACUUGUCGUAAUAAACUUACAAAUGAAGAAUAUGCCGUGAAGAUAAUUAAUAAACAUCGUCAUCCUAAUCGAAAUCGUGUAUUCAAAGAAAUUGAUAUCUAUUACCAUUGUCGUGGUUGUGAUAAUAUUUUGAAUAUAAUUGAUUUUCUUGAAGAUGAUGAGUCAUUUUAUCUUGUAUUUCAAAAAAUGGAAGGAGGACCAUUACUCAAACAUAUAAUGAAUCGCGGUAGUUUAACUGAACGUGAAGCUAGUCUUAUUGUACAUGAUAUAGCUAAUGCACUGAAUUUCAUACAUGCAAAAGGCAUGUCACACAGAGAUCUCAAACCAGAAAAUAUCUUAGUUGAACGUACUGAUUCCGUUGUACCGGUUAAACUAUGUGAUUUUGACCUUGGCUCAUCGAUUAAAUUAAAUAGCAGUAAAACAACACCAAUUACUACACCAGAAUUAUCAACACCCGUUGGUAGCGUAGAAUUCAUGGCGCCUGAAGUAGUCGAUGCAUGGACAAGCUUGGAAGGUUCACUACAAAUGUAUGAUAAACGUUGUGAUUUAUGGAGUUUGGGUGUAAUUAUCUACAUCAUGCUUUCAGGUUAUCCGCCAUUUUAUGGAUCAUGUGGUCAUUCUUGUGGAUGGGCUCGUGGAGAAGAAUGUGAAAAAUGCCAGAGUUUGCUAUUCGAACGUAUUCAAGAAGGUGUAUAUGAAUUUCCAGUAAAAGAAUGGCAAAAUAUAUCAGAAGAAGCGAAAGAUUUAAUACGACAUUUGCUUGUACGUGACGCAUCUUCUCGAUAUACAGCGGCUAAUGUAUUAGAACACCCAUGGGUUAAAAACAAUCACACACUGAAAGAUACUCCAUUGAAUACACCAAGCUUAUUAUUAAGACAUGAUAGUAUUCGUAGAUUAGAAACAUUUACCAAGGAUGCAUUAUCAAUAACAAAAAUGAUUGAAGAACGUGAAAAAAUGAAUGAUCGCUCAUGGAAUGAAAGUAGUUCAAGUCGUAAUUCGAGUAUUGAUCGUCGUCAAAAUCGUGAGAAAAAUCGAAAACGUCGAAGCAAAAUAAAUAAAACAAAUGCACUUAAAGGUCACAAAGCUCUAGGACAUAAUAGUGAUGAAGACGAUGAUGAUAUUCUAGAAACAGAUUCAUCUGUCACAAGAAUAUUAAAAAGACGAAUGAAAAAGAAGCAGCAAAAACCUCAGGGAAAACAACGUUCAGAUAAAAAUGAUGUGGAUGAUGACGAAAACUUCGAUAGUUUACGACGUCGUUUAUCAUCUGCAACAAUGACCACAAGCGGUGAUGAAGAAAUAUUUGGUGAUGGUUCUGAUUUUCUAGCAUGUAGUUUCAAAACCGUAGUUCAUCGGCCCGCAAAAUUAGUCGCAACAACAGUAAUAGAAGGAAAAGAAGUUACUACUACUAGUCAACAAGGAGAAAAAUUAGAAGAAACAAAAGAGCCAAGAGAGAAUGAAAUUGUUCCCGAACAAAUUAUCAAUAAAGUAUCACUUCCAUCAUUAACGCCUUCCUCUAUUGAACAUCAUGCACAGUUUUAUCUUGCUGAUCCAAACACUGUUAAUCAUUCAUUACCACAACAUCCAAGCCAUGUAUUUUUAACAGGUUCAAAUAUUCCACCAAUAAAAUCAAAUUUACCAUUGCAUCAUCGUGCUCAUACGGAUACAGAUCUUUUAUAUUAUGGACAACAGUUUGGCGGUCGGUCAGUUGUUGCUCCACCUUCAUUCUUACACUUGUAUCAAAUACAAUCGACGUUACCGCUUCAUCCACAAAAUCCGUCAGUUCACCAUCUGUCAAAUAUUCAGCAACAGUCACCAUCUCAUCAUCUUACACCACAUCAGCAACAGCAGUCAUCACCAUCAGCAACUGUUCCUUUGUUGUUUAAUAAUCCACAUAACUUUCAAACUGCUCAUCAUCGAUUUAUAGUCAAACAAAAUUCAUCACAUCCAUUAAAAGACAUACCACCACCACCACCACCACCACAACCAUCUACAUCUAAUAACAGGGUAUUUUUUGCUACAACUCCACCACUAUCAUAUCCAUAUCAUCAUGUUUUACGUUCAUCAUCAGCUAACAAUUGUUGUCGACGUUCAUCAUCCACAGCAGGCAUCAAUUUUAUUAAUCAUCAUCAGCGUCCAACAACAUUGUUGCCAGAACGUGUAUGGUAA